AUGAUACGUGAAGAGCCAAAAAUAGUAUCUGAAAAAGAUCAAGAAUCGUCUUUCACAGCUUUUGCUUGUAUGGACGAUUUACUGGACAAACUAAAACUACUAAAAUAUGAGUCUGAAUUUUUAAGUGGCCUUAAAAUGAAGCCAAUACAUAAAUAUUAUUUUGUAGUAACAAAAAACCCAGGGGAACAAUUUUAUAUGUUUUCUUUAUUAGCGGCAUGGCUAGUACGAAAAAGUGGAAAAAAUUUUGAGCAGCCUCAAGAAUUCGAUGAUCCAAAUGAUACCAUACAAAAAAUCAUGGAUGCAGUAAAAGAUAAUGGUAUGGCUAUAGAUUUUCCACCUAAUAAAUUAAAACAAGGGGUUGGGGAACAUGUGGUGUAUAUCUUAGACAACUUGGCGAAUGAUGCCAUAAAGAAAAAUAAUAUUAUCUUAAGAAAACCUAAACCUCCAGAAGAAAAGGAAGACACGGUGGAAGUACUAGAUGACGAAUCAGAAAUUAAUUUGGAUCGGGUAGAAGAAGAAAUGAUCGCAGCUUACUCUGACGAUUCCGACGAAGAAAAUAUUUUUCAUCUGGACGACUUACAACGCGCUAAGAAAGAAGUUCGCCCCCUAGAAUUAAAAGCCGACGUAAACGAGGAGUCUUGGAAAUUGGAAGUAGAACGCGUUUUGCCGCAGUUAAAAGUUACGAUAAAAAAUGACAACAGAGAUUGGCGGUCCCAUCUAGAUCAAAUGAAAUCUUACAAAAACAGUAUCGAUGAAUGUUUAGGAACUACAAAGUCGCAGUUAGAAAAAUUGCAUAAAGAAAUUAGUAUAACUCUUGAGAAGGUCAACAGCAGGGAAAAGUAUUUUAACAGAGAACUGGAAAAUAUUUUAGACGAUUACAGAAAUGUGCAAGAUCAGCUGUCUAAAGUUAAGGACAAUUACAACAAUAUCAGUACUGGUGUUGCUGAACGCAACAGAGAAUUAUACAAAUUAAAUGACAGAUUAGAAUCUGUAAAACAACAAAUGGAAGAACGAGGAAGUUCUAUGACAGACGGAACUCCACUGGUCAAUAUUAAAAAGUCCGUAGCAAAAAUGAAAACUGAAAUCAUAGACAUGGAUGUGAGAAUCGGAGUUUUAGAAUGUAUUCUACUGCAAACUAAAAUAAGAGAUGAAAAAAUGAUCGAAAAUGAAUUUGGACAACAAAUAUCUGUUUUUUAG